GCGUCGCCUCCGCGCCGGAGACAGCUCGCUCGCUAGCCUGCACGUUUCGGGACUCGCGAGCGAGUAACGGGGCUCCUCUCCUCUCCCUGCGAAACGCACGCGGAGGCAGAGCGUUUCCUCUGUUUCGGGCAUGUCGUUGUCUUGCGGCGCCGCCACGGUGGCGUGCCGGGAUGCCGCCGGCGAAGAGGCCCUCCUCGCGGCCUCCCUCCUCCUCCCCAAGGCCGAGGUCCUCGUGCCGGUGGAGGACGAGCUGACGGCGCCACCGGUGCUCACGCGCAAGCCGAGGGGCCGGCUCGCCAGGGCGGUGAAGGAAGCCUGGUCCGUGUCCCUGUCCGUCACAUUCCCCAUGAUGCCGUCCAUGUCGGCCGGCGCGGCGGGCGCGGAGGCGCGGUCCAUCCUGGGCCUGGCGCUGCCGAUGAUCCUCACGGGGCUGUUGCUGUACCUCCGCUCCAUGAUCUCCAUGCUCUUCCUCGGCCGCCUCGGCGGGCUGGCGCUCGCCGGCGGCUCCCUCGCCAUCGGCUUCGCCAACAUCACGGGGUACUCCGUGCUGUCGGGGCUCGCCAUGGGCAUGGAGCCCAUCUGCGGGCAGGCCUUCGGCGCGGGCCACUACGAGCUCCUCGGCGUCACCACGCAGCGCACCGUGCUGAUGCUCCUCGCGGCCGCCGUGCCCAUCGGCGGGCUGUGGGCGCACAUGCGGCCCCUGCUCCUGCUUUGCGGACAGGACGCCGGCAUCGCCGCCGUAGCCGAGACCUACAUUCUCGCCUCCCUCCCCGACCUGCUCCUCCAGGCGUUCCUCCACCCCGUCCGCAUCUACCUCCGGACGCAGUCCAUCAACCUGCCCCUCACCCUGUGCGCCGCGCUCGCCAUCGCGCUCCACCUGCCCAUCAACUAUGUGCUCGUCUCCGUCCUCGGCCUCGGCAUCAGGGGGGUCGCAUUGGCCUCCGUGCUCGCCAACCUGAACCUCCUUCUCUUCCUCCUCGCCUACAUCCUGUUCAAGGGCGUGCACCGGCGCACCGGCGGCUUCGCGCUCUCGGCCGAGAGCUUCCGCGGCUGGGGCGAGCUUGCCGGCCUCGCGCUGCCGAGCUGCGUCAGCGUCUGCCUCGAGUGGUGGUGGUACGAGAUCAUGAUCCUCCUCUGCGGCCUGCUCGCCGACCCGCAGGCGACGGUGGCCAGCAUGGGCAUCCUCAUCCAGACCACGUCGCUCAUCUACAUCUUCCCUUCCUCGCUCGGCUUCGGCGUCUCGACGCGCGUCAGCAACGAGCUCGGUGCGAACCGCCCCGACCAAGCCGGCCGCGCGGCCACGGCCGGCCUCAUGCUCGGGUUCGCGUUCGGCGGCGUGGCGUCCGCGUUCGCGUGGCUCGUGCGGGGCGCGUGGGCGACCAUGUUCACGGCCGACCCGGCGAUCGUGGCGCUCACCGCGUCCGUGCUGCCGAUCCUGGGCGCCUGCGAGCUCGGCAACUGCCCGCAGACCGCCGGCUGCGGCGUGCUGCGGGGCAGCGCUCGGCCCAAGGACGCCGCCAGCAUCAACCUCCGAUCCUUCUAUCUGGUGGGCACGCCCGUUGCGCUCGUCCUCGCCUUCUGGUACCACUACGACUUCCAGGGCCUGUGGCUGGGCCUCCUCGCGGCGCAGGCAGCCUGCGUCGUGCGCAUGCUGCUGGUGAUCGGCCGGACGGAUUGGGCCGCCGAGGCCAAGCGCGCGCAGCAGCUCGCCGGAGCUGCUGGCGCGGUGGAGACCAAAGAGGGCAUGGAAGUUGGAGGAGACGACAAGCCGGGCGUGACUAUCGACGUAGUGAUCGAGCGACCAAAGGAUCAAUGCUGACACAAGGGCAGGCAACCGUGUGUGCGCCAAUCGACAUUUCGAGCCAUUCUUUUGUCAUAUUUUUUGGCGGGAGAGGAACCAGAGGCUGACAGAGCGAAAAUUUUGUUUCCAAUUGGUUGUUUGUAAAUGAUUUCUUUUCUUUUCUUUUCUUUUUCUGAUGAUGGAUAUUAUAGAAGAUGAGAACAUUGACAGGAAAUAUCGAAGGGAUUCGUUUUCUUCUA